UAAGUGUACUUCAUCCAUGUACUCUGUGCUAUUUGUUGUAUUACAUUCAGCAACUGAAGAAUGAAUUACUAUUGAAAAUUAGACUGAUUUCGUACAAUGAGGAGGUCUGUUGUGCAAGGCCUAAUGUAACGGUUAUGACGGAUUUAAUUCUUUAUAUUACUGGUGCUAAUAUGGCAAGAAAGUACUAAAUUAUUUAUAAUGAUUAAAGUUUAAGUAAUUCAGCAAGAAUACACUAGAUUUGCACCCGUUUAACAAGAUCUUUAGUUUAAAUUUAAUAAAAUCAAACUACCACCGCACGUUGAACUCGAAUCUAAACGUCUGUAAUGCACCUGAUCAAUCCGUACACAGCGAUUAUCUGACGUGAGAGCACACGGUUUCUGUCAGUGCGUACAGCGUGAGAGAGAGAACGAUCCCCGCAACGGGAAUGAGCAAGCUUGCUCUCACUCUCACCAUCAUUCGCUUCCGAAGUUUCGUUGCACGCGGUUCGCGUUUCGGUGUUGCGUGUCGUUGUUUUGGGUCCAUCGGAAUUUGCAUCGAUUUCUGGCAGACAAAAACGCGUUCCGAUCGAUCCUGUUGCACGGUGCUUCCGGUAUCGACUAGAAGGCAAAUGCACCAAAAGUUUACGUGCCAGUGAGGUCCGAGUUUGUGUCACGGUUUUUAGUCCCGUUUUGUUGUUCGCCCGUACCAAAGCUCGCGUAGCUUCCACCGUUGCUUGUUCGGUAGUGCGUGCAGUUGCGGUGGUUUGCGGUGGUGCGGUAGUGAAACGUAUGGUAGUUGCGGGUGGUUGCGAGUGUGUUGCGUUAGGCAGUACGGGUUUAGAAGGAGGAAGGGCGAAGCAAAUGCGAAGCAAAGCAAAAUGUCAGUGAAGCUCUCUCACCUAUCGGGGCAAAGCUCUCUUCACCAGUGCGAUUCUCGCGACUCACCAAACUUGCUCACUACAUCUCACUAGUGAGUAGCCCGCUCAGCUGCGUGUGGAGUGGAAAUGUAUUUGUCGUUGGCGUAGUUUUUCGGUGUGGUUUUGCGCGGGUGCUUUCCAUUGUAAUAAACCGACCCUGCUCACAGUAAAGGGCCGAAGGACGGUAGGAAAGGAAUAGGAAGAAAGUGUACAACAAGAAAAAAAAAAUAAUAAUGAUCCAGGUGUCACACUUAAGGCAGAUCAUCCCUGCCUGCAGAGUGUUGCGUGUGUGAGUGCUUGCGUAAGCAGCAUCGUGGCGCAUUCGGCUGAAUCGGAAAAGGAUAUGCCGGUACGGGGCACAUCCUUAGCGAGUGAGUGUGUGUCCGUCCGUGGUGUCUAUUGAUUUUGAUGCGUGUGUUUUGCCGUGUUUCUGUGGGUGAUUGUGCAAAUUGUGUGUGUAUUUGUUGUGUAUGUGUGUGGGGCUUCAUUUAGUGUGCGUUUGAAGCAGUGCGAGAAAACAUAUGGAUUACGGUAACGAGCGGUAGGUCUUAUUGUGCAAGAAAAAACGGGAUGUAAAAAUUGGGUCGCUGUUUUUUGGGGGGCUGCAAGGGCCGUAGUAAAAUCCAGCAAAUAGUGUAGCAGGCUGUGAAAAAAGAGGGAAAUAAAGAGAGCCUGUGUGUUUGUGUGUGCGUGAGAAAAGGAGCGAAAGAGAUGGUGAGAGUGUGAGAGUACAGGAAAUGAAAAGCACGUGGAAACGGAAAAAUGGUCCUGUGCACGGGAAAUCCUUCGUGGUGAAAAGUGUCACAAUUUAAGGAUUUUCCUUCGCGAAAUAGAACGAGGCGAGAGAUACAAUAAAUACAACAGCAACCACCAGCAAACAAGACAAACUCACCCACUCCAACAAAGGAAUCGGCUCAAUUGCCAUAAAAACGCCAGCAAGACAAGAGCGUGCUGGAGGAAGAAUUAAUGCUAAUGCACUUCUCACCAAGUAAUCGACGAUGCUCAUAGAAGACAAGCGACGCUUUCGUCAUCUUCGUCGGCGGUGCUAACCUCGUUGCAAUCUUGAUCAAAACGGUGCAUCGGACAAGGCACGAACCAAACACAAAAUGGCUGGUGAAAGUCCACCUAGACGAUUAUCGCAGAUAUUCGACCCGCUGAUGAGUUUAAGCGAACUCCAGGCCCAGAUACAGCAGCAACAGCACCAGUUAGCCCACCUUAAGUACACCAGCGGUGGGGGAAGCGGUGGUGGCAGUAGCGGGGGUUGUCCAACACCACCUCUUCCGCCUCACCCUCACAGUGGCAUGGGUAUACCGCCGAUGGCAAACUCUUCCUCGACGCAAACAUUCUCGUCUUCCUCGACGCUACAGCAUCAUCAUGGUGGAGUUGGUGGUGGUGGUGUAAAUAGUGGUGGCGUUGGCCAUCCAAAUGGUGGUGUAGGUUACUACAAUACGACAGCGUCAUCCUCGACGUCUUUGUCAUCCGUGUCAAACCAGAGUACGAAGCUUAGCUCAAGCAGCAGUACCGGCAGCUAUAUUGGUGGAACACUCGGUUCCGGUGGUAGUGGAAGUGGUGGUGGCGGUGGAGGAGGAUGUGGUAGUGGAGGUGUAUUACCAGUGCCUCCUCCACAUGUUCUGGGUAGGAUAAUGAUGGGCUCACGAUCAACACCAAACAGUCCACGGUUGAUGAGUCGCCGUAAUGGGAGCGGUUCGAAACCUCCGCCCGUUCCACAAAAACCGAAUGCAGCCUACAUUGCCAACCCGUCACUCGUUGCACUCGAUUGUGAUGCACCUUGGCCACCGCUCGGCAGCCUUGGCCCUGAUCCACUUUCGAUGGUAGAAGGACAUCAUCAUCUGAGCGGUGGGGGAGGAGGAGGAUAUCUACACCAUCAACCGGAAAUAAAUUGGCAGGAGCGCUGCUUAGAGUUACAGUUGGAGUUGCAUCGUUCAAGAAACCAGGGCGGACGCGUACGGGACAUGCUGCGAGAAAAGCUCUCCGAAUUGGAGCAGCGCGUUAUCGAAGCCGAAGAACGAGCCGAAGAGGCUGAAGACAAGGUGCGGGCCAUGGAGCAACGACUGUGUGACUGGCCCAAGUCACAGAACUUAACCGGGCCAUCACCAUCACCGAGCAGCAAUCCGGCCGUAGCGGCCGGUGCGCAGCAAUCGAUCGCGGCAGCAGGAACGGGACCGACAGGACACGGUACCGACCCACCGAAAGGUACCGAUCCGGUGAAGAUCAGUCAGCUCGAGUCGGCCAUCGAGGAGCAGAAGCAGCUGCGCCUACAGGACGCCCGGCAAGUCGGUGCCAAGGCGGCCAAAAUCAAGGAGUGGGUUACGAACAAGCUGCGCGAGCUCGAGGAGCAAAACCAGCUGCUGCGCGAACAAAACAUCAAGUGCAACCAGCAGCUGGAGCUGCUGCGUAAUCACAUUGCCACGCAGAGUACCCGCCAUAGCAGCGUCGCCUCAACGCAACCCGUCCGGACUAGCUUGAGCCUGGACGUGCAGGACGUCAAGCGACGGAGCGGCCGAAGGCGUAGCGAAUCGCUUGACCCACCCGAACACCGGUCACUGCACGCCGGUAGCUCCGGUUCCGGCUCGCACCAUCAUCCCCAUCACCACCACCAUCACCACCAUCACCAUCGGCGCAAUCUGUCGAUGGAACCGCAGGAACUUGCCCGUGAUUUGGCGGCAGCCGUCGAUGGUUUGAAUCUGCUGCCGCUAAGCCAGCAGCAACCACACCAGACGGCGGCACAACCACAAACUUCCGCUGCGAUGGCGCAUCACCAUCAGCAUCACCCACCACACCAUCAACAUCCGGCACCACCGCCACCGGGUGUCGGUGUUAGCCCUGGUUCGGACAUAGACGCCGUACAUGACUAUGCCGAAAUCUACACACCUUCGCGCGAGAAAGCACCGGCCUGGCUGAAGGGUCUUCCCAGUGGUGGAUCGAGUACCACAACCUCCGAUUCGGUGGCAGAUCUCGGCACGCCACGACCACCUACACCACCGCUGCACCGAUUCCCGAGCUGGGAAGCUAAAAUUUAUCAGGUCGCUAAUGAUGGACUGGCCGGGGCGGGUGGUAGCAAUGGUGUGGGAGAGGAAAACGAAUCCCAAGACCAGGAGUCCGGUUCUGGCAUGACGUCCAGUGUGGGUGGGGUAAAUUCACGCUCCCAAACUGUGUCCGGAGGUUACUGUGAUAUCAGCGUACCGGUGUACGCCACCGUCAAAGGGCGUGCAUCACAAAUCCGUUCAAUGCCAUUUACCGGCGAUUCCAGCGAUGACAGCAGCGACGGUGAGGAUGGACACGGUGCGAUGCUAACCUGUGCAACCUCGACGCACAACUCGCACAAUUCUACCAGCACGGACAACACGGAGACGAGCACGUCCGGCAGUGCCUCUAGUCCCUCGAAGAGUCUCAAAACCUCCUCUAGUCUCAGUCCGGCCAAACGUUCCGGCUCGGAAAGUCCAAAGAACAAAGGCCGUGCAAUUUCCGAACUGUCCUUUGAAUCAGGCCUCUCGGACGACUAUGCCAUCCCACCGGAUGCAGUUUCAACGGUCGAUACGACCUGCAUGGAUGCAUCGAUGCCAUCGCUGCUGAUGCGCACGUCGUACGCCGACUCACCCAACAAGAAGAUGGAAACACUCGAAAAGGUGGGACAUCUGGCGAAGCUGGGCGGUAAGCUAAAGACGUGGCGCAAACGUUGGUUUGUCCUGAAGAACGGUACACUAACGUACUGGAAGAGUCAGCACGACGUCAACCGGAAACCGCAGGGUCAGAUUGCACUGGACGAAGCGUGCCGUAUUAAUCGAGCCGACGGUGCGUCCACGUUUGAGAUCGAUACUGGUAAGAAGGUGUACUAUCUGACGGCCGAUUCGAACGCUACCAUGGACGAUUGGAUACGGGUGCUGCAGAAUGUACAGCGAAGGAAUGCAACUAAGCUGCUGCUAAGCCGUGACGAUCAGAAACCAACGGUACAGGGCUGGGUAACGAAGGUGAAGAAUGGACACGCCAAGAAGUGUUGGUGUGUACUGCUAGGGAAGAUGUUCCUUUACUUUAAAGCACCAGGCGAAACGAAUCCACUUGGUCAAAUUAAUAUGCGUGAUGCACGCGUCGAGGAAGUAGAGCACGUGUCCGAUUCCGACUCGGAGGAACGAGAAGAUCCCGCACAAAGCCAAGCGCGACUCACCGUUGCAAUUUAUCCUCAGCAGCAAGGAGUGGGUCCUACGUACUUGAUACUGCCCGGUAAACAGGAACGCGAUAAUUGGUUGUAUCACUUGACGGUCGUAUCCGGUGGUGGACCUAAUGCCGGUACACAAUAUGAACAGUUGAUCCAGAAACUAAUGGAAACCGAUGGCGAUCCAAACUGUGUUCUCUGGAGACAUCCGAUACUGUUACACACGAAGGACAACAUCACUUCGCCCCUAACCUCACUCCAUUCCGAAACGCUUCAAGCGGAAGCGAUCAAACUGUUCAAGAGCUGCCAACUGUUCCUUUCCGUAGCGGUCAAUCAACCCGGUAUUGACUACCAUGUGGUGCUCGCCCAGAACGCCCUCCAGCAGUGUCUGGACAUGCCCGAGCUUCAGUCGGAGUUAAUAUGCGCACUGAUCAAGCAAACGUCGCGCCAUACCGGACAGAAGCUGGGUGUUGGUGUCCAGGUAAACAAGAAACUGGCCAAACCCGCUCGUCAACUACUGCUUUGCGCAACCCAGAGUUUGUUCACUUGCGAUACGCAGCAGGGCAGCGUUGCCCAAGCGAAUGGGAGCUCACCCACUUCCAUUCAGGCCCCAACCGUUCCUCCGAUCGAUUGCAAAUCGAAUCCACCGACCUACACCUUCAUACAGGGCUGGCAACUGUUAGCUCUUGCAGUGUCACUGUUUGUUCCUAAAAACAGUCGCUUACUCUGGUACUUGAAGCUACACCUUUCGCGCAAUGCCGACUCUAAAACGGAAUGCGGCAAGUAUGCGGCCUAUUGCGAACGAGCACUGGAGCGCACGAUGCAAAAUGGUGGUCGGGAAACGAAACCAUCCCGGAUGGAGGUGCUCUCGAUAUUGCUGAAAAACCCUUACCAUCAUUCGCUGCCACAUGCCAUUCCGGUGCAUAUGAUGAAUGCAACGUACCAGGUGGUAUCGUUCGAUGGUUCGACCACGAUCGAGGAGUUUCACUGUACGCUGGCACAGGAAAUCGGUUGUCGGGAUUCCACCAACGGGUUCACACUGUUCAGUGACGAUCCGAUCGAAAAAGAUCUGGAACACUAUCUGGAUCCGCAAGCUAAGCUCUGUGACGUUAUCUCGAAAUGGGAAACUGCCCUGCGAGAGAAAGGUUCCGGCAAGUUUGAAAACUCGCGCGUCAUACAGUUGACUUACAAGAAUCGGCUUUACUGGAAGCAUGCGGCUAAGCUGGAGACGGAGAAGGAACGACUGCUGCUCUGCUACCAAGUGAACCUUCAAGUGGUACAAGGACGCUUUCCUCUGUCGCGCGAUCUAGCGCUGGAACUCGCCUCGCUGAUGGCCCAAAUCGAUAUGGGAGACUACUCAUCGGACAAAUCGAAAACCAACUCACUGCAAGCGCUCGAUAAAUUCUAUCCCUAUCGCUACCGGGAUGCGCUCAAUCAAGAAGGUCUAAAGGAGCUGCAGGACCUACUAUCGGCCAAGUGGGCCCUACUGCGCGGUCGCUCCAUACUCGAUUGCGUGCGUAUCUACUUGACGUGCGCUCGCAAAUGGCCCUUCUUUGGUGCGGCCCUAUUCCAAGCGAAACCACGCCACUCGGAUCAAGCAAUGGCUUGGCUGGCCGUAUCGGAGGAUGCACUCAGCGUGCUGGAGCUGUCGUCGAUGGCCACCAUCGCACGGUAUCCGUACAGUUCCGUAAUGACGUUCGGCGGUUGUCAGGACGAUUUCAUGCUAGUGGUCAGUGCGGAAGAUACACUGCAAUCGGUCAGCAACGAACAGAAGCUACUGUUUGCGAUGAGCAAACCGAAGAUACUGGAAAUAACGCUCCUGAUUGCGGACUACAUGAAUGCCUUGGGUCAUACAUUACCCGGCACGCCCCAAAUGAAUACACUCACCCGCAAUGGAAGCCAUCGAAGCAUACGAUCCCGCGCACUGCCCGGUUCGUUGACGGGAACACCCGCGCACAACACGCUAAACUCCCAUGCUACCCACGCCAACAACACGCUAACUUCCCACUCGCACACCCUCAACUCUCACGUCAGCCAUACGCUCAGCUCCCACGGUCAACCGGACAUCCUGAAAAGCACACCAGAUCACCAGCGUCUCAAGUGAGCUGGAUCUCCCGGUCGUCCCUGGCCGAAGUAAAAACUUUCCCAUACAGCCCACGAAAUAUCACAGGAUUCGAUCGGUUUAUGAUUUGCAGCGCACUUGCUUCGUUGUUGGUUUCCUUUACCGUUCAGUUGCAGUAGGAAAAUUAGCCAGAAAGCGUGUGCAGUUAGUUCCGAGGGCCUUCUUUUUAAUUCGUCUGCACACUCUUACUGUUAACGACACAUCAUCAUGAACGAGGAUAUCAUCCGAUCGAGCUUAACGAGAGCGGCUUUCGCAGCUUACAUUGCAACAUCAUUAGCUAGCUCGCUGUAUUUGUGUGAAUCAUUUCAUCGAUUGCUUUUAAACUUCGCAUUCGCAAAACAUCAAUUGCACAGCGAAACUUAUCAUCUUCAACAUCAUCAUCAUCAUCAUCAUUAUCAUUAUCAAUUUAUUAAAUAGCAUUUUAUGUGUAAAGCGAGUGACAUUGUGCUACCUUUUAAUCUGUACCUUUGUGUUUUACCGUUUAGGGUCCUUUUGUAACUUUAACAUCGAUCCAUCAGUUCAUCCGUAAAGGGAAUUUUUGAAAGGACAAAAAGUUAAAUAAUUUAAUUCAUCAUUUAAGACAGCCCGCGUGUGGAACCCCUUUUUUAAUAUGUUAGAUAGAUAAACGUCAUGUUUCACUAAGUCACACCUAACCAACUAAACAUUCCUUUAGUGAAAGCGAAAGCAUCAGACAGCUAAGUUUGCAUGCGUAAGGUUUAAUAGUGAAUCACGUGCGUGAAACGUCGAAUGCGUUUGUUUCAAACUUUGCCAAAGGAGAACCGGUGCAGUAAUUUUUACCGAUCAGUUUUUAUUGGUAAUACGUACACACAGUUCGUCGCAUUUAAUUGUACCAUAUUGGAUGAUUUUGGUUGGAGCGCAACCAACUGAAUAAGGUUUUUUUUUAUUUUAUUUACGUUAGCCAGAUAACACAAGGGCCUUCCCAGCUUCUAGAAACCAAAAUCCGUGUAGCGACUACGCUUUAGUUUUUAAAUCAGGUGCUCGAUCGAUUUUAUGUCUGGACAAAGCAUGGCAUUAUUUUUUGUAAAAAGGGACAAUUUGCUUACGGCGAUGAUAUUUGUAGCUACUUGUGUACUAGAUAAUUCAGGUUUUAAUAAUUUGAUUUUAAUUUACAUCCCAUUGCUAUAUGCUUUUUGAUGGAAAUCCUAACAAUAGACAACUCCCGAAGAAAAGCGGUUCUUUCCUCCUACAAAUAGUACACGAUCUGUACUAUGUAGUAGAUGAUGAGCACCCUCCAAAGGCGACAUAAAAUCACAAAUCACAUGAAAUGGUAAACAAAACGAAAAAACAAUACAGAAAAUCAUUGUGAUCGAAAUGAAUCUAAUAUUAACUAAUGGUAAUGAGUAAUCUAAGGGGCAACUUCGGAGAUGAUGUGUAAUGUAAGAAGUUGCGGAAAAAACCAGAAAUCAUACUAUAUAGAAACCCGCCAGAAGUAAAGGGAAUACGAAUGGUUAGAUAUUAGAAGUUUUAGUUUGUUUGUAUACGCGGGCAAAGUUAGCGAAACCGAACGACGAGUGUUAAACCCAUCCGACCACCAACUCCCAUUCACACCUGUUAAUCCUUGAAAGUGGCACUCAAAACGCCACACAAAACGCAACACUCACUCAUAUUACCCUGUAUGUAGUCCUCUCAAAACAUAUAGAACUUGUGAAACAAAAUACAACAGCAGCGGCAUUUGAUCGUCACUUUUGUGAAUGAUCAUACUUUUAGGAAGACAGCUUGUGGUCUAAAAGAAAAACAGCAGUACUACUCAGUCCGCGUAGAGAGGCCAGGCGUAGUAGCAAACAACCAACCAGUUGUGUAUAGUAGUGAUAGGAAUAGUGUAGGUUCGGAUUGCUGUAUGGUGCUCUAGCCUCCCGAAGGAUCGUCACGAUUCUUUCCGGUACCGAUAUUCGUACAGCGAAAUAAAUACAUACAAUCCACCAGGGACGAAAUGUGGUACGAAGGGAACGAAGAAACAGCAGCAGACGGAUAUUGCACAAACGAAACCGAGUUUAGAGUGAAGUAGAGAAACAAACAAAAAACACAUUUUUGCCGAUCCAUGUUUUUGCGUGGGAUUUUUGUCCGUGUAGAGAGCCAUGUACCGUUUUUGGAGCUUUUAUCCUUCUAUUAGGUUCUUUGUAUCGUUUGUAUCCUCAAGCAACUCAGGAGCAAGUAGAUCAUAGCCGCGCGCGAUCAAGUGUGUGCGUGUGUGUAGUAUUCGCGUGUAUUUUGUGCGUGUGUGUGUAGUGUAAGCCGUUAGCCGUAAAAAGUUGAUAGCGAAUAGCAUUUUAGACCGGACCCAAUAGCCCGGUCCGGUAUCCAUAAGCAAACCCGAGCGAGCAAGUAAUAGCCAAAGCGUGCAAAACCGUAUCCGUGUUGCUGCUUUUCUUCGUUUCUUUCCACGUUCCUGUCCGUCUUUCUUUGAAUCGACAACAAACAAACGCACAGAAGAAAAACCCGGCACAUGGUUGAGCCCGGUUCCUCAAUCGUAUGUAAUGUCAAGGGAAUUAUGUGAAGAAGAUGUUCAUCAACUUCCAACAUGCAACUCGGAUUGUUCCCUCUGUUGAGGGAAACGUAUGACUGUUUCAUCUGCAUAAGGCCUAUAGUUUUGAAACGCAUAACCAAAAUCAUGAAAGAAUCUAUAACAAAUUUAAAAGAAGAAGGCAGAAUGCCAGGCAUUUGGUCAGCAGUGAAUAUCAGGUUCGGAGGGGUGAAAUUAUAAACGAAAUUUCAAACCAAGAAAUUUGACGAUGCAAAUGAAUUCUCGUGUGAAACGGAAAGAAAAGAAAACGGAAUGAAAAUAUUAAUCAAAAAAUUAAAAAUCCAA